ACGGCCCCGCGGCGGGCGCGGGGGGGCGGGGCCGUGGGGAGCGGCGCGCGCGGGGAGCGUGGGAACGGCGGCGCGUGGGAACGCGCGGGGAGCGUGGGAACGCGCGGGGAGCGUGGGAACGGCGGCCGCGAUGUGGCGGGCGCUGCGCGGCGCCGGGCGGAGAUGGCGGCACAGCCCCGCCGUCGAGGUGACCAACGAGCCCGUCCUGGAGUUCAAGGCGGGGAGCCCCGAGCGAGCCGCCCUGCAGAAGGCGCUGGGCGAGCUGAAGGACGCGACGGCGGCCAUCCCCUGCGUGGUCGCCGGGGAGGAGGUGUGGACGUCCGCCGUGCGGUACCAGCUCUCGCCCUUCAAUCACUCGCACAAGGUGGCCAAGUUCUGCUACGCCGACAAGGACCUCAUUAACAAAGCCAUUAACGCUGCCGUGGCGGCCAGGAGGGAAUGGGACCUGAAACCCGUCCGGGACCGGGCCCAGAUCUUCCUCAAGGCCGCCGAGCUGCUGAGCGGCCCGCGACGAGCCGAAGUGCUGGCCAAAACCAUGGUCGGGCAGGGUAAGACCGUGAUCCAGGCGGAAAUCGAUGCGGCCGCCGAGCUGAUCGACUUCUUCCGCUUCAACGCCAAGUACGCGGUGGAGCUGGAGGAUGCCCAGCCGCUCAGCGCCGACGGCAGCACCAACAGCAUGGUCUACCGGGGGCUGGAGGGCUUCGUGGCGGCCGUCUCGCCCUUCAACUUCACGGCCAUCGGCGGGAACCUGGCGGGAGCUCCGGCGCUGAUGGGCAACGUGGUGCUGUGGAAGCCCAGCGAUGCCGCCGUGCUGGCCAGCUACGCCGUGUACAGGAUCCUCCUCGACGCCGGGCUCCCUCCCGACGUGGUUCAGUUCGUGCCGGCCGACGGGCCCGUCUUCGGGGACGCCGUCACCGCCUCCGAGCACUUCUGCGGGCUCAACUUCACCGGCAGCGUGCCGACCUUCAAGCGCCUCUGGAAGCAGGUGUCCGAAAACCUGGACCGGUACCGCAAUUUCCCGCGUCUGGCUGGAGAGUGCGGCGGGAAGAACUUCCACCUGGUGCACGGCUCGGCCGACGUGGCCAGCGUGGUGAACGGGACCCUGCGCGCGGCCUUCGAGUACGGCGGCCAGAAAUGCUCCGCUUGCUCCCGCCUCUACGUCCCGGACUCGCUGUGGCCCCGGAUCAAAGAGAAGCUGCUGGAGGAGCACGGGAAGAUCAAAGUGGGAGACCCUGUCCAGGACUUUGGGACGUUUUUCUCCGCGGUGAUUGAUGACAAGUCUUUCGCCCGCAUAAAGAAGUGGAUCGAGCACGCCAAGGCCUCCCCCAACCUCACCAUCUUGGCGGGCGGCGGCUGCGACGACAGCGUUGGGUAUUUCGUGGAGCCGUGCAUCGUGGAGAGCAAAGACCCCGAGGAUCCCAUCAUGAAGGAGGAAAUUUUUGGCCCGGUCCUCACCGUGUACGUCUACCCGGAGCAGCGGUUCAAGGAGGUCUUGGAGCUCGUCGACACCACGACGCCCUACGGCCUCACGGGGGCAAUCUUCGCCCGGGAGAAGAGCGUCAUCGAGGAAGCGAGGAAGCGCCUGCGCAACGCCACGGGCAACUUCUACAUCAACGACAAGUCGACAGGCGCCGUCGUGGCUCAGCAGCCCUUCGGGGGCUCCCGCAUCUCAGGGACCAACGACAAGCCGGGCGGCCCCCACUACGUCCUGCGCUGGACGUCGCCCCAGGCCGUCAAGGAGACGCACGUGCCGCUGCCCGACUGGCGCUACGCCUACAUGCACUGAGGCCCCCCCGGCCCCGCGCCCCUGUACUACUGAUGCUCGACGCACACGGCAGCUUCCAGCUGCAGCCCCGACAGCACUUAGAGCAAGUUACCUGUAGCUCAAGAGAUUAAGGUUUAUUUUAGGAAAAAAUUAUUAAAAUGAAUAACUCAAAAAAA